AUGUCUCUCGUGAAUCAAAUGCUUGGCCAAGGAGCAGUGGCGGAUUUAUGUUUGUGGAAAAACAAGAUAAAAUCAGGCAUCACACUUGUAAUGGCCACAUUUAUCUGGUUCUUAUUGGAGAUCAUGGAGACUCGAUUUGUACCUUUUCUAUGUUCAAUCUUAUUACUCUUGAUGCUUCUUCUCUUCUUCUGGGUCAAGUUUGGACAACUCAUUUUCACUAGGAGACCUCUCACCCCUGAAGAAAUCAAACUAGAAAAUUCUCCAGUUAGAGUCUUAUUUUCAAAGAUCGAAGGCCUUUUCUUGAUGCUUUACGAGAUUUCAUAUGGGGAAGACAUCAAAACCUUUCUCUCGGCCAUCCUUUAUGUGGCUAUCGUAGACACCGUUGGGAGCUACAUCAACCUCCUCACAAUGUUGUAUAUAUGCUUGGUUUGCUCGAUGACAAUUCCAGUUUUGUACCUGCAAUUUCAAGAGGUUAUUGACAAUUUCAUUAGGAAGGUAUCGGAAGAGAAGAACAAGUUACUUGAAGUACUUAAAUCUAAUGUUCUCAAUAAUAUUCCUAGGGCCACCAAGGAGGAGUAG